CUUUGUCGUUCACACCCAUUUUUCCUCUUAUAAAAGCUAAGUUGGGCAGCACGCACUCUUUAGUCUUUACUCUUUACUCGCUAUCUCUGUCCCAUUCACAUUCAGCUUCCUAUCCACUUUCCUACCGCUAAAGAACCCAUGGCUGACCCAAAAAGUCAUUACUCCAUGGCCAUCCAACCCCAACAACCACCCUCCUCUGUUACCGGAAAACACAGGAUUCUCAUGACUGCCCCAAACUUCCUCAGGCUCUUAUCCAUUCUAUUCUCCGCCGCUUCCAUCGCUGUCAUGGUCACCUCCAACCAAACGGUUUCCCUCUUCUCCUUGUCCCUUGAGGCUCACUUUUACUACUCUUCAGCUUUCAAGUAUUUUUUUUUUAUACCAACAUUUUUGAUUUGGUACCAGGUGGUGACGGUGCUAUUGAUGUCUGGAUGCGCCGCAGCAACAGCAGUUGGCUAUGUGGGUCAGUACGGGCAGGAUCAUAUGGGUUGGCAGCCGCUGUGUGAUCAUGUUGCCAAGUUCUGCAGAUCCACUUUGGUUUCUAUUUUGCUCUCUUAUUUCUCCUUCUUUUCCUAUUUCGGCCUGUCUCUCUUGGAGGCAUAUUCUUCCAUCUCUUCUCCUUUCCCUUCUCCACACUAAGUUAAACUCCAUGUAUCAUUCAUUGAGUUAAUCCAAUAGUUAAAAAUUUAAAUUUACAUGCAUUUAAUCAUUAUCGACAUGCAUCGAUCUGGUUCUUAAGGUUAUAAUUACUCUGUUCUAUUGUCGUCUUCGACGUUGAGCUCAAAAUUGAGUGAUGAACUAGCACUUCUUUAUCAAGCUGAACAAAUUGAUGCACAAUAUGAAUCUCAGAAACCACUUUAAAAAUUUAAUCCGGAGUAUAUCUUGUAUGAUGUUUAAGAGCUUUGCUUUUCUUUUCCUUAGUCUAUACAUAGGCCAGGCCGUGGCUAAUAUAGGUUUUUUUUUUUAAAGAAAAAAGAAAUUAUUGUUAUAGGUAGAUUAGUAAGCAGUUGAGUUUAUUGUUAUGUUCAUGUAUGUAAUUUUGGGGCAGAAAUUUUAGGCUAAGUGUCUGCUUUAUUCGGGCAAGAAUAGCACACACAGCGUUAGGAUCGGAGAAGGAAGUUUACGAAUGGUGACAAUAUUAUUAUUAUACCUUAA